AUGGUGGUGUUGGGUACAUGGUGGUUGAAUCCCUUAUUUAUUAUUGGCCAUAAACGGAAGCUUGAAGAAGAUGAUAUGUAUAAACUGCUGCCAGAAGAUUCCUCAGAGAAGCUUGGAGAGGAAUUGCAGUGGUACUGGGAUAAAGAGGUGCAAAAAGCAAAAAAGAGAGGAAAAACGCCACAUUUAACAAAAGCCAUUAUUCUUUGUUACUGGAAAUCCUAUUUAGUAUUUGGAAUUUUCACAGUGAUUGAGGAAACCCUCAAAAUAAUUCAGCCAAUAUUUUUGGGAAAAAUUAUUAGUUAUUUUGAAAACUAUGAUUCCUCAAAUGAGGAAGCUUUGAAUUUUGCAUAUUGCUACGCAGCUGCUCUGUCUGUGUGCACGCUUAUUCUAGCUAUAAUGCACCACUUAUACUUCUAUCAUGUACAGCGGGCUGGCAUGAAGCUGAGGGUAGCUAUGUGCCAUAUGAUUUAUCGGAAGGCACUUCGUCUCAGUAACGUAGCUAUGGCAAAAACUACCACUGGUCAAAUAGUAAAUCUGCUGUCAAAUGAUGUGAACAAAUUUGAUCAGGUAACAAUUUUCUUGCACUUCUUGUGGGCUGGACCAAUUCAAGCGGUAGCAGUAACAGUACUUCUGUGGAUGGAGAUAGGCCCAUCAUGUCUUGCAGGAAUGGCAGUUCUGAUUAUUCUUCUUCCUGUCCAGACCUGCAUUGGGAGGCUUUUUUCUUCCCUAAGAAGCAAGACAGCUGCCUUAACAGAUGUCAGGAUUAGGACGAUGAAUGAAGUCAUAAGUGGUAUGAAGAUAAUAAAGAUGUAUGCUUGGGAAAAAUCGUUUGCACAACUUGUGAAUGUUUUAAGAAGGAAGGAGAUUGCCAUGGUUAUGAAAAGCUCCUACCUUCGAGGACUGAACUUAGCCUCUUUCUUUGUGGCAAGCAAAAUAACCGUGUUCAUGACUUUCAUGGCGUAUGUCCUACUUGGCAAUGUUAUCUCUGCAAGUCGGGUGUUUGUUGCAGCGUCGCUGUAUGGUGCAGUACGACUGACGGUAACUCUCUUCUUCCCUGCGGCUGUGGAGAGAGUAUCCGAGGCAGUGGUUAGCAUACGGCGAAUCAAGAACUUUCUGAUACUUGAUGAGGUCUCGCACUUCAAGCCACAACUGCAUGGUAAUAAUGAGAAUAUCAGUCUUCAUGUUCAGGAUUUGACUUGCUAUUGGGAUAAGAGUUUAGAAAGCCCAGCACUUCAACAACUUUCAUUUACUGUCAGACGAGGGGAAUUACUGGCUGUGAUUGGUCCUGUAGGAGCUGGAAAAUCUUCGCUCUUAAGUGCUGUGCUUGGUGAGCUGCCUAAAGACAAAGGUUUGAUAAAUGUUACUGGAAGAAUUGCCUAUGUUUCUCAGCAGCCUUGGGUGUUUUCUGGUACAGUAAGAAGUAAUAUACUGUUUGACAAAAAAUAUGAGAAGGAAAAAUACGAAAAAGUUCUAAAAGUCUGUGCUCUGAAAAAGGACUUGGAAUUAUUAGAAAAUGGUGACCUAACAGUAAUAGGAGAUCGUGGAGCUACACUGAGUGGGGGACAGAAAGCCCGUGUAAAUCUCGCCAGGGCUGUAUAUCAAGAUGCAGACAUCUAUCUUUUGGAUGAUCCACUGAGUGCAGUAGAUGCUGAAGUUGGAAGACAUUUGUUUGAAAAAUGCAUUUGUCAGGCCUUACAUCAGAAGAUCUCUGUUUUGGUCACUCACCAGUUGCAAUAUCUCCAUGCUGCAAAUCAGAUUCUAAUCUUAAAAGAUGGUAAAAUGGUGGGGAAAGGUACCUAUUCAGAGUUCCUGAGAUCUGGCAUCGACUUUGCUUCCCUUUUGAAAAAAGACGAGGAGGUAGAACAGCUGUCAGUUCCAGGAACCCCCAACCUGAAGUCCGCCCGGAGCCGAACCUUCUCGGAGUCCUCCGUCUGGUCCCAGGAUUCUUCUGUCCCGUCACAGAAAGAUGGAGCAGUGGAACAACCACCUGCUGAAAGUGCACUGGCUGCAGUGCCCGAGGAGAGUCGCUCUGAAGGACAAAUAAACUUUAAGGUUUACAGAAAAUAUUUCACUGCAGGAGCAAACUACUUUGUGAUUUUUAUACUUUUAUUAUUCAAUAUUUUGGCACAGGUGGCAUAUGUGCUCCAGGACUGGUGGCUUUCGUACUGGGCAAAUCAUCAAGAAAAGUUGAAUUUCACAACAAAUGGAAAUAAUGGAGCAAAUGAGACUGAACGCCUAGACCUUACCUUUUAUUUGGGAAUUUAUGCAGGUUUAACAGUGGCUACAAUACUGUUUGGCAUAAUAAGAAGUCUUCUGGUGUUUCAAAUUCUCGUUAAUUCUGGUCAGACUUUGCACAACAAAAUGUUUCAAUCCAUUUUGAAAGCUCCUGUCUUGUUUUAUGACAGAAAUCCUAUAGGAAGAAUCUUAAAUCGUUUUUCCAAAGAUAUUGGCCACCUGGAUGACUUGCUUCCAUUGACGUUUAUGGACUUCAUGCAGACUCUCCUACAGAUUUUUGGUGUGGUGGCUGUGGCUGUGGCAGUGAUUCCUUGGAUACUCAUCCCCUUAAUUCCACUAUUUAUUCUUUUCAUUUUUCUUCGACGGUAUUUCUUAGACACUUCAAGAGAUAUUAAACGUCUAGAAUCCACAACUCGAAGUCCAGUGUUCUCCCACUUGUCAUCAUCCCUCCAGGGACUUUGGACUAUUCGGGCUUUGAAAGCAGAGGAAAGAUUUCAAAAAUUAUUUGAUGCACACCAAGACCUCCACUCAGAGGCCUGGUUUCUAUUUUUGACGACCUCGAGGUGGUUUGCUGUGCGUCUGGAUGCCAUCUGUGCUGUUUUUGUUAUAGUGGUUGCUUUUGGUUCCCUGAUUCUCGCCAAGACUUUGGAUGCGGGGCAGGUUGGUUUGGCGCUAUCCUAUGCAAUCACCCUCAUGGGAAUGUUCCAGUGGGGUGUCAGACAAAGUGCUGAAGUUGAAAACCUGAUGAUAUCAGUAGAAAGAGUAAUGGAAUACACAGACCUUGAAAAAGAAGCUCCUUGGGAGACCAACAAGCAUCCACCACCUGAAUGGCCGAGCCAAGGAAUGAUAACAUUUGAAAAUGUUAACUUCACUUACAGUCUAGAUGGACCUUUGGUGUUAAGACAUUUGUCUGUUUUAAUUAAACCAAAAGAAAAGGUUGGAAUAGUGGGAAGAACAGGAGCUGGGAAGAGCUCUCUGAUAGCAGCCCUCUUUCGCCUGGCGGAACCUGAAGGAAAGAUUUGGAUUGAUAAGUACCUGACGUCAGAGCUAGGGCUCCAUGACUUGCGGAGGAAAAUUUCAAUUAUACCUCAGGAGCCUGUUUUGUUCACUGGAACUAUGAGGAAAAACUUGGAUCCUUUCAAUGAACACACCGAUGAAGAGCUGUGGAAUGCCUUAGAAGAGGUGCAACUGAAGGAGGUUGUGGAAGAUCUACCUAAUAAAAUGGAGACACAGCUGGCAGAAUCUGGAUCUAAUUUUAGUGUUGGUCAGAGACAGCUGGUGUGUCUUGCCAGAGCGGUUUUUUUUUUCAGAGCGGGUCUAAAAAAAAACCGGAUCCUUAUCAUCGAUGAAGCAACAGCAAAUGUGGACCCAAGAACAGAUGAGUUCAUUCAAAAGACGAUCCGUGAAAAGUUUGCUCACUGCACGGUGCUGACCAUUGCACACCGCUUGAACACCAUUAUUGACAGUGACAGAAUUAUGGUGUUAGAUGCAGGAAGACUGAAAGAAUAUGGUGAACCUUACAUUUUGCUGCAAGAACAAGAUGGCUUGUUUUACAAAAUGGUGCAACAAGUGGGCAAGACUGAAGCGACUUCUCUGAUUGAAACAGCGAAACGGGUGUACUUCAGUAAGAAUUACCCAGAAGUAGUUCAGAAUGGUCAACUUGCCACAGACUCCUCCUUGGAUCCUUCCACGGGAUUAUGCGUAACUGAAACUGCACUGUGAUUCUUAAUAACAGUAACUGUUUUCCAUAGAGUAUAAACCUGAGAUCGUCUAAACUCAGUCACAACGUUUGCAGGUGUCAGCGGGAGAGGAAAGGGAGGGGGUGAUUUUUUGCACUGGACAUCCUUCCUAUUUAAUAUUGAGAGGAGAAUUUUUACUGUCCCUCUUUCUUUAAUUUCAGUGCAAUAUGUUUUCCUUUCCAUCUAAUUAUGUUUGUAUUGCUAAGGAAAUUAGGCAGACUCAGUUUUUAUUUGAAAGUUAUGUGGUAGAGAUGUCUUUUAUUUAAACAGGUGCAGGACACCUAGCAGGUCUAGGGUGCAUAUUUGGAGCUUAUUAAAAAAGAUGGAAUGUGCCCAUUUUCUUUUUUGGAAAUAUUUUGAGAACAAGCAAAACCAAAAUUUUUCCAGUGUCACUGUAGCAUGACAGCUGUGUCUAAACAGCCGAUUUGGUAGUGUGCAACUGUCUUUCUGCCUCUCACAAGUAGCUCUGCAGGUUGGUAGAAGAAAGAAUUGAACAAGCCAAAAAUACUUUUUCUUUUUGAUAGCAAAAAGUACUAUAUACUUUUUUUAUAAAUGGUUCAAAUAAUGCUGUUCAAUAUGUAAAUAUUAGUUUUAUUUUGCUAAAAUCCAAAUGCUGAAAAAUCAAUCUCAGUCUUCUAUACUUUAGAAGAAAAGUACCACAUUUGCACUGAAGAAAUAUUUAAAUAAUUUAACAUACAUUCCUCUUUUUAUCCAGGUUAUCAAAG